AUGUGGACCUCCUCAUCUCGACCCCGGCUAACAGACGAUCAUUGCAGCGGCGAAGAAAAGCCCUCUUGUCUCAACUGCCAAAGGCAAGGGGAGUCGUGCGACUACAGUGUCCGCCUCAACUGGGGCGGCCGAACCAAACGACCCUCCGUCGAUUCUCCCACUUCUAUUUCCAGGGGAUAUGGCGGUACGUUGAUUGGCUUUGCUGAUCCAAUGCGGACCAGUGCGGUUGACUCGGCCGAGGCCCCCUCAUCAAUCCCACCAGGGAACAAGACCCCCGCAGAUGGGUUCAUCAAUUUCAGAUCCGGAGACCUUGGAUCCCCCGGAGCCAUAUCACCUAAUGGCGCUGCCACUUUUGGGGUCUUCGACUCCCCGAAGCCUCCAGUGCUAUCGGAGAAUGGGAUUUCCCCCUCUCAAGGAGAGGUCCAAUUUGCCGCGACAUGGGCAGAGCAUUCUCCCGUGACCCCAGCUUCAUCAGGGUCCAUGUCGCAGUACGCAUUUGGGCAGAACUUUCAUAGCUCAUUUUCUCCUGCAGCAGACCAGGGGGUCGGUCUGCGAUCCCUCUCUGCAUUUGCAUUUCAUUCAAGCUCGGUCUCGCAGCCAGUAUCCUUCCUGCGGAACUCAGUGGACAUGACUAGCCAUCUGUCGGAUACGUCAUCUCGCCCAAGUCAGAAUGAUGGCCAGAUACCCGCAAGCCGUUCCUUGCCACAUGAUGACCAUGGACUAAGCUUCUUAUUGAAUGAUGUUUCUGGACAGGAUGGCCCGUCUCAUGAACCGACAGGCAACGGUGGGGUUUCGAGCUUGCUCCUUAAUAGAUCUCACCCAUCCUCCUCUCCUGGGCAUGAUAGGCACACGCCUGCAUCGACGCAUGCUUCCAGGACUGAUUCGCUUCGUUCAUUCCAUCAUUCUGACAACCUGUGUGCCGAGGUCAGGGACAGUGAUCAUCCUAGGAAUGAGUCCUUGGCAGCUCAAAGCAAAUGGCAAGCCUAUCUCACCAGUGUGACGGAUAAUUAUGGCUUGGACAGCGGACGCCCGGAUCAUGACCUGGCCUUAAACAAUGACCAUGCUGCCAUUGACAUCAACUCUGCUGUCGAAAAAGUCAGCUCACAGGGUCGACAGGGCGGAUCCUCAUCGCCUACAUCUAUGCAUAGCCUUCCGAGCCUGCAAAAGCCCGACUUCAGCGGGUAUUAUGCGUCUCCGGUUCCCGUUAAUAUCCCUCGAUACCUGUCACCUCUUCCUUCGUCAUUGUUGAAGAACCCGAUCAACUUGUUGUAUUUUCAUCAUUUCCUCAAUCACACAUCCAAAAUGCUGGUCCCGCACGAUUGUGAUAACAAUCCAUUCGUGUCGGUUCUUCCGUCAAUGGCAAUCUCCGACCCGAACUUGCUGAAUUUGGUGUUGGCAUACUCAGCAAGUCACAGGGCACGAUACCUGGGACAUCCAGAACCUGCCAAUCGUAUAGCGCAUUGGGUCAGCGAUGUCUUUCCAGCAUUGAGAGUUGCAUUGGAAGCAUCGAAAGAGGAAAUUACCGACAGCCAUCUGGCCACGGCUAUCUUGCUAUUGUCGUUGAAGAUCGUUUGCCCUGGGACUUUUGAAGUUCCAAUUCCCUGGCAGAGCCAUCUCAAGCUCGCUCGAGAUCUGUUCAUUGCUCGAAGUGAUCGUAUUGCAAAGCCUGGGAAUCGAAUUGGCGCCUUCUUUGCCCGCUGGCUGGGGUAUAUCGACACCAUGGGUGCCCUUUCAUGCCGUCAGGCAGGUCCACCCUUGAUGCUAUACCACUCUGUUUUAGCAGAGUGUUGUCGCCCUCAAAGUCAUGACGAGUAUUGCGUUGACUGCUUCACCGGAUUCAGUCCUCGCACUGGGUUCUUCCUCCUCCGUCUUGCUCAGCUGGUUCAACAAUGCGAUAAUGAACGUUUCGACGAAAUGGGUAAUUUUCAACGGGGCUGGCACCCGUCUGCAGACAUGGUAAUGGAGGCUCAGGCCGUGCUUGGUGACUUUGAUGACCUGAAUGAAAGAGUUCAUGCCGAUCCGGACCAUCAUUUGGGAGUCGAGGGUGAUGACAUGAUGGCCACAGAGGAAGCGUUUCGCUGUGCUGGGCUACUUCAUCUUCACCGACGGGUACUUGAAUCUUCUCCUGAUUCCUUUCCUGUGCAAGACGCCCUUCGCAAGCUUGUCGGGGCUCUGGAUCGCAUGCGACUUGGUGCUUCAACCGAAGUUUGCUCGCUGCUCCCGUUGUUCACAGCUGGCUGCGAAUCGCGUGAUUCUUCCCAGCGGAUGAAACUUCUCAACCGGUUCUUCGUUUUGGAGAAGUCGGGAAUGAAGCAGAUCCAAAAUGCUCGGCAGCUGAUGCAACACUGCUGGGAUGACAAUCUGCCAUGGAUUGCUAUGGCUGAGGGAGAAUUCCUUGGGUAG